GGAGACUCUCAAGACACAUGUCAAAAACAAACCCGCGCACACACAUACACAAGAGAACAACGAAUAAACGAAAACAAAACGAAAAAGAAGCUUGUACUCUUUGGGGGUUAUAGCUGAAUUUCUUAAACACUAGCCACCACUCGUUGUCUCCCCAUCUUCUCCAUGCACCUACAUAACUAUAUACCUCUUCAACUCUUCAAUUUCUUUUGUAUUUUUCUCUAAUUUUUCUUUAAUCUUUUGCAAGCAUAGGGGUUUUUAUAUUUUAUUUUUGGGCUUUUCUUAUUUCAUGGGAUAAGAAUUUUAUUGUCGAAUAAAUUAUUGGGAUAGGUAAAAAGAAAAAAAAUGGAGUGGGAUAGCAAUUCGGAUCUGAGUGGAGAUGAAGAUGAGGAGGGAUUCAUGUUAAAUGAUGGAGGAAGAGGUCUUUUGCCUUUUCCUGUUGAGAAUUUGCUGCAAACUGCUCCUUGUGGAUUUGUUGUCACUGAUGCUCUUGAACCUGACCAUCCUCUUAUUUAUGUCAAUACUGUUUUCGAGAUGGCUACUGGCUAUCGAGCUGAGGAAGUUCUUGGCCGUAAUUGCUGUUUCUUGCAAUGUAGAGGACCAUUUGCUAAGCGAAGGCAUCCAUUGGUUGACUCCACAGUCGUUUCAGAAAUAAGAAGAUGCCUUGAUGAGGGCAUUGAAUUCCAAGGCGAGUUGUUAAACUUCAGAAAAGAUGGAUCUCCACUAAUGAAUAGGCUGCAACUUACUCCUAUAUAUGGAGAUGAUGACACAAUUACUCAUGUUAUUGGAAUCCAGUUCUUCACCGAAACUAAUAUUGAUCUAGGUCCUGUUCCUGGUUCUUUUGUAAAGGAGUCUGCAAAAUUGGCUGAUCGGUUUCGUUCUGGUCUCUCCACCUAUCGUCCAUUCCCUGCUGGGGACCGUAAUGUUUGUCGUGGCAUCUGUGGGAUACUGCAAUUGAGUGAUGAGGUACUGUAUCUCAAGGUACUUUCACGGUUGACUCCAAGAGAUAUCGCAUCAAUCGGUUCUGUCUGCAGACGACUCUAUGCGCUGACGAAGAAUGAGGAUCUCUGGAGAAUGGUCUGUCAGAAUGCUUGGGGUAGUGAAACAACUAGUGUUCUAGAGACUGUACCUGGUGCAAAGAGACUUGGCUGGGGUCGGCUUGCAAGGGAAUUGACAACUCUUGAAGCAGCUGCAUGGAGAAAGCUAACUGUUGGAGGUGGUGUUGAACCCUCAAGGUGCAAUUUCAGUGCUUGUGCAGUUGGUAAUCGAGUUGUCCUUUUUGGUGGGGAGGGUGUUGACAUGCAGCCAAUGAAUGAUACGUUUGUCCUGGAUCUGAACUCCAGUAGCCCAGAGUGGCAACAUGUCCAAGUGAGCUCCCCUCCUCCUGGUCGGUGGGGACAUACACUUUCUUGUGUUAACGGGUCUCAUUUGGUGGUCUUUGGAGGCUGUGGAAGACAAGGUCUAUUGAAUGAUGUCUUUGUUUUGGAUUUGGACGCCAAGCCUCCAACUUGGCGUGAGAUUUCUGGAUUGGCCCCUCCACUUCCACGAUCAUGGCACAGCUCUUGCACCCUUGAUGGCACUAAGUUGAUUGUCUCUGGUGGGUGUGCAGAUUCUGGAGUACUUCUUAGCGACACAUUUCUGCUUGAUCUGUCAAUGGAGAAACCUAUCUGGAGGGAGAUACCAGUAGCAUGGACCCCACCUUCUCGGCUUGGUCACACUCUCUCAGUUUAUGGUGGAAGAAAAAUAUUGAUGUUUGGGGGUUUGGCUAAGAGUGGUCCCCUUCGUUUCCGCUCCAGCGAUGUGUUUAGCAUGGAUCUAAGUGAGGAGGAACCUUGUUGGAGAUGUGUAACAGGGAGUGGAAUGCCUGGUGCUGGAAAUCCAGGGGGAAUAGCUCCUCCACCCAGGCUUGAUCAUGUAGCUGUGAGCCUCCCGGGCGGUAGAAUCCUGAUCUUUGGUGGCUCUGUUGCUGGUCUUCACUCCGCCUCACAACUUUAUCUCCUCGACCCAACUGAUGAGAAACCUACAUGGAGGAUUCUAAAUGUACCCGGGCGACCUCCUAGAUUUGCAUGGGGACACAGUACCUGUGUUGUCGGAGGGACAAGGGCUAUAGUCCUUGGUGGCCAAACUGGGGAGGAGUGGAUGCUGAGUGAGCUCCAUGAACUGUCCUUGGCAAGUUCAGUUAUCUGAUUUUUACAAGGUAUAUAGAUAUAUAUAUUGGGAAGCUGUGGCAAAGGAAUCCCUAUAAGCCCUCAACCUCAACAUUUGAGAUCAUAUAACUAUUGUCGAAUAUUGCUCUAGUCAGGACUCUUCUGUAUUAAGUGGUGUCCAUUAAUGCAUUUUCUUGUAUCCAGUUGUUCUGACUCGGCAUGAACUUGACAUAAGGUGACAUGAAACUGUGUUUUCUUUGUGAGGUUUGUAUGAGAUUCUACCUUUCACCACGCACAUGGGACAUUCUUCAUCGUUAGGUUAGUGGCUCUGGAUAGUCUGGUAGGUAUUAUUAAUAUUUGUAGAUUUAAUUUCUUGUUAUGCCCAUGCUUUGCAUUCAGUUCUGUAAUCUUAAACAAACAGAAGUUGAGAAGAAAAAAGAAAAAAAAAGGUGCAUGUUUAUAA